AGACCGUCAUGUGACGUAACCGUGGGGAAAUCUGAUAGAGGAAGCAGGAAGUUCGUCUAACAAGACAAGAAGCCUUAGAUCAUAAACAAAAUUUAAAGAAGAGAAAACAGCUUUUCAGAGAACGUUUAACAGAUUUAUAACAAUGGCCGGGAUUAAAGCACUGGUUGGCCUUUCAUUCAGCGGUGCCAUUGGACUGACAUUUCUGCUGCUGGGCUGCGCACUGGAACAGUACGGGGUAUACUGGCCGCUUUUUGUGCUGAUUUUCUACGUUUUGAGUCCAAUCCCAACCUUCAUAUCCAGACGCCUCAGUGAUGAUGACUCCUCCAGCAAUGCAUGCAGGGAGUUGGCCUACUUUUUAACAACAGGCAUUGUGGUGUCAUCUUUUGGGCUCCCAAUUGUCCUAGCCCGAAAUAACACAAUCAGGUGGGGUGCCUGUGGCCUGGUGAUGACAGGAAACGCUGUCAUCUUCCUCACCAUCCUUGGCUUCUUUGUCGUCUUCGGAGGUGGGGAUGACUUCAGCUGGGAGCAGUGGUAGAGUGUUUGAAAAGCACACCGACAGACAGAUGAGCAGGUGGACAGUGAGAUGAAACGACUGCAGAUUAAGGGGCACAUAUGUCCUGCGUCCUAAAUGGGGGGUGGGGUGAUAGUUGUGUAGAAAGAACAAAACCUUCAUCAAGAUGAUUUUUCUUUUAUUUGGCAGGAAAAUUUGAUUUAGCAGACAGAACUUUUUAUGGUUAUAAAUGUGCCUUAAAUGUGUGCGACCAUGGGGUCGCUGAUAGCUGUAGCCCUUAUUCCACAAUUUCUGUGUAUUAUAUUGUGUGUGUUUUAGCUUGCCAUAGCUAUCAUCCUUAUGAAUGUGCCUUGGUUAAUCACUACCUGAAUGGGAUCCAAAAGAGUAACUUUAUGAUUCACAGUGCAAAGCUCACUGUAUUAUCUGGACUUAUUUUUCAAUGCAGGAAAUAUGGUGUGCGUAACCCAAUACUGUUUGCUUUUCGAAGCUGAAAGACUUCGCAGAGUCAUUAAAAAACAACAGUAGCAGGCAGUUUGAUGCAGGAAUGAGGCAAACAUAUAUUUCUGUGUGUUGUUAUUUUACUCAAGACAUUAAUGCCUUUUAUUUUUCCUGCUGCGGUUGUUUACAUUUUCACCAAAGAUCAGUUCAGACUGCCUCUGAACUCUAUGUUUCGAUAUGUGAUACAUACGACCAUACCGUCAGAACCAUAGAUUUGUCUAAACAAUCCAGAGAAAGGAUCCUGAUUCAUUUUAUAUUCAUGUCAUGAACAAGAAAUGGAGAAUGGUGACUAAUGAUGAUGGUUCUGUUAUUACAUAUUGAGUAGCUCAUUCUAUUAAUGAAAGCUUUUACCCAUAGUUGUACAUUUAAUUAGCAAAGAAAUCACUGUCAUUUUACUUCCUUUCUCUUUAAUUAAUAUUUCAGCCUCACAUUCUGUUUGUCAUUGCUGACUGGAGUAAGAGUCAGUAGCCCCUCUCAUAGAAGAUUGUAGUUAUUGUUCUGUAAAAUGUUCUGUUUCUUUUGCAUGCCCUUCAUGUUUGCAGUUUGGGGGGGGGGUAAUAUAUUUUAUGUAUGUAACUGACAAGUUGAGUCUCUUGGUAGCAUCUCUAUUCUUUAUAUGGUUGCUUCUAUACACGCACUAAAGAGAAUGGUAAGGGUUUUUAUAAGCUCCUGAAAUCAUGUCCUCUAACAUUUAAUACAACUGUAUUGUAAAUGUG